UCAAGCUGUGUUCCUCCGAAAUUCAAUAAUGCAUUGUGCAUAUGGGGUCUUUUAUUGUCUAAUUGUCUCAUUAUUCAUUGUGUGCUCGCACUCCUAGAGAAGGAAUAGAAUGGGCAGUUAGUGAUUUUCACCAUGUCGUUAGAUAGUCCGGAGCCCACGGAGCAGGAAAUUCUUGCCAGCGUGUUUUAUCACUGCGACACUCAGAAGACUGGACUGGUGGCUGUUUCUCAAAUUUUGGAAUUUCUACGCCGAACCAAGCCUGAUUGGGACUUUGGUGAACUACAGGCCCUGCUUGAUCCGAAUGGUGAGGACCCUGUAGUGGAUAUUGAUGCGUAUCAACAUGGAAUCUCGCAGUGGGUACAGGCUGUGAGGAGCAUUGUGAGCGAAAGUGAGGGGGACGCCACAGAUGGCCAGUCCUCCUCCUAUGUUGAAUCCGAGUUUAGUCAGAAUGAAGGCUCCGUGGCUAGCCUGGCAGCAGGAAUUGCCACUGACAAUCUUAGUAUUGGCUCUAGCGUGCUCGAGGGAAAUAGCUGUGACCUGUCCCGCAGCUGGGAUUUGGCCGACGCCAUGACAGCUUUACAGGAGGCCAGGCAGCAGAUCAAGCAUCUUUGUGCCGAGAAUGAGUCCUUCCAGCAAGCAUUGGCCACGGCCGAAGAACAGAACACCGGGCUGAUCACCGAGGUCGAGGGACUCCGUAAGCGUGUGUCCAAACAGGACGCUAUGCUGUCGAGGAAGUACGAAGAGGAUCGGGAACUGGAGGCAUUGGCUGAGGACCAGCGGCAUUUUCAAGUCACGUCGGACCGUGUUAGUCAGCUGGAGAAGGAGAAAGCACAACUGGAAAUGAGUUUGACACAUUCAGAGGAUGAGCGGCUGGAGCUAGUUUCUCAACUUGACUCAAUUCAGGACGAGUACAAGUCCGCCGUCGGUGCCUUGAACUCCAACCCAUUACCUUUACAACAGCAGCUGCAUGCAAGCCUGGAGCAUUCGUCUAACCUAGAGAGCUACGUCAAGGAGCUGUCGAGCGCCAACCACGCAUUACGGUCGGACAAACGUCACCUGGAGUCCCUUCUGGUGGACAUGCGUGACCAGGAGGUGCAGCUGAGCGCAUCCUAUGGCAGUCCACUGACACACAGCACGCCCAUGCGGCGAGCUGACACACUCCAUGACGAGCUCAUGGCCAGCGAGACGGAGAGCAGUGGUGGCAGCGGUGGCAACCUCAAGUCGAGCCUGACUUUCCCGGAAUCGGCCAGCGCCAGCAGCAGCGCUGCCGAGCUGCAUCCGGACACCACGCCGAAUGUGAACGGUAGCGGCGGCGACUGGCGAUCAACACGCAUUGGCUCUGAUACGGAUCAACUGACUGUUACUGGCGGUACGGCGACGGCCAACAGUAGUACACAGAGCCUGGGUCGUAACAGCUCCACGACCGAAGAGCUACGCGCUGUUCUGUCCAACGUGAGGCAGCAUUUCCAGGCCAAGAAGUCGCUUGCUUUGAAGCAGCUCGCCGACCUGUCAGAUUCUGAUAGCCAACUGGACGAAGUCAUCAUCGAGUCCUCUGUCGACAUGAACAUGAACAGCUUUAGCAACUUUGAGACAAAGCUGGCUCGCUUGGUAUCUUCUAGGAAGUCCGCAUUGGACAAGGUUUCCAAGUUGGAAAAGUCCAAUGCUCUCUUAGCAAGUGAGGUCAGUGAUUUGAAAGAAGCCAGGGAACGCUUGGAGCAGCAGCUCAGCUCUGCCGAGGAGCGGGUAACGUCGGUGGUGUCUUCCUUGGAGGAUGUAUGUAGCGAGCGAGACACGUUUGCCGUGGACGUCACUGAGCUUCGCAAUCGCCUUGCUACUGUCGAUACGGAACUGGAAAGAACGUCGGAGGAGCUUGAAGACCUGCAAAAGCGCAACCUUCUUACCUGUAGGGAGUGUGGACGCAUCAUCACCAUAGAUGAAACCGAGCAAGCAAUGUCAAGUAGUCUCUCAUCUGUUGACACAGCUGGUGGAAGUCCAAGCAGUGCUGCUGACGGCGACUCGAGGCAAUCUACGCCAACACGGUCGACAGGCACUUCGCCGAGCUCAGUUGUGAUUGUGGAGACACCGCCCUCCGGUGGCUCAUCGGGUAUGCUCCUGUCCGAGACGGACCAUCAGGCUAUUGCCGCACUACUCAAGGGUCUUCCGUCUGAGCCAAACCUACUGCGAGCUGAGCCGAGUGCGGUGGAGCAACACUACUUCAACAUCUCCGAGAUACUUCAUGACCUGUGUGAGUCGGCGGAAGGAUGUCCGGAGACAAUGCGACGAGCUAAAGAGGAUGCAGAGACGCGGACUGAGUGGUGCAUUCGCCAGUUUGUGGCGCUGUCCACGGAAGCUGAGGAGCGCUCACUGCCGGUGGAUCCGAAAUCAUCGGAUCUGUUGGUUACCCAGCUGAAGUGUGCUGUUCAGCUAGCUCGCCUAGCUGGAAGAAGUGAGCAAGACUUUGUGUAUUUGACACUGAUAAAGGUACUGGUACAGUAUAUCAAUCUCAUUCGACUUGAAGUGUUCCUGCCGAGCACGGACCGUUCGCCCCCGUUAAUCCGCCCUGAUUCGACAGGCCAAAUGGUGCUGACCCCGACUAGCUCUAGUAUGCCCAGGAAUUCCUUCUCCAAGUGGUCUUCACAAUGCGAUGAUGACACUCAUCGAGGUGAAGGCCCCUGGGAGAAUAUCGAACGACUCUCACGGACAUCGUCGCGAUCAUCGCAGUUCAAGUCGAUCACGAGCGUGUUCCACGAGGCGGGCAUUAGUCAUCAGAAGUUUGGCGAUGUCUUCCCACAUCGAACGGUCGCAUCAUCAACCCCAACCACUUCGGAGGAUAUAGAUGAUAGUGAUAUUCGUCGUUGCACUGAGGUCAUGGAGAGUAUUGAUAAGCGAAUGAAGGCUUCAGAUGUCAAGUCUACAUGGCUGCGCAGUCUUCCGCACUUUCUUCUGCGAGUUCUCUUUGUCAUCAUCUUGAUCUUCGUCUUGUUUGUCUUCGUCUUUAUUAGCUCGGCGUCUUCGCCUCAGGACGUUCGCCGUCCGUCAACGUUUUGGUCAUUGCUGCCACUGGAGCAGCUAGGGGCACAGUUCAGCUUGUCGUCACGGCCUGUCACGUGAUCCUGUGCUUGCCUUUGCUCUCGUUGCUCCGGCCUGCAGUCGGCUGUGUAUCAGUAGUGGUGCCACUGCAGCAGUGUCCAGCCCUCGCCUGCCUGUACUGCUGCUGCUGCUCCAACAUGCAGUUGACGGCAGAGGUGGCUGUUCAGUCCCAUCCGGCUACUGCUGUGUCUGUGUUGGGUCACUCUGCUUUGUCAUUUGUGCUGUCCAUUUCCCAGUGACGCUGUCUUUGGCAUGCUCGCAUUGACCAGUCUAGCUCUAGAUGCAUGUCAACCUUCAGUCUGUCCAUGGUUUCCACCGCCGUUGUCCUUUCGACAAGAAACCCACAUUAGUUUUAUGCAGGGGUUUGUGGUCUAUUCGCCUCCUUAUGACUUUACCCUUCGACCACACUACAUGGGUCGACAUUGUUUUAAUUAUAAAAGAAAUAUUUCAAAGAAAAUUGCUGGUGCCGGGAUAUUUAUUUCAAUUUUACCUCUCCAUUUUAGAACUAUACUUCUGACGCACAAAAAAGGUUUAUAAUAACUUCUACUAUAGUGCUGCAGUUCUGCCGAGUAUCGCCAUAUUUACUGUCUCGGUGUCUUGUGCUAGUGCUUGCCACCCUAACCCUGGACACAUGCUCCACCGGUGUGUGCUUAUGUAAUACUCAGACUCACAUACCAUUCAUUGUCAGAUGAACACGCGCUGCCCUGCUACCGGUUUUUGUUUCACCUUUUUUUUUUACUGUCAUAGUCUUGUCAAGUCGUUCCACCAGUGUUAUACUACUGCCAAGUGUCUGCUUCCAACCAUAAUGAGCUGUAAUUCCUGGCAGUAUUUGACCGUUAUGAGAAUUUAUUGGCCUUUUUUUUCCUUCUGCUAUCCCCACAUGAUGAUCUGUGUGCAGGAAAUGCUCCAAAUCACUUUUCAAUUUUGCA